CUUUGCCGUUACCCUUGAUCAUCUAUCCUCUUUCUCUCGAGGAAUUGGCGACGGUUGAACGUUGACCGGUGACCCCGUAGACCCAAGCAAGUAACGUGCACUGUUUGCACGAAAUGCUACAGGAAACCUCAAAUAUGGACCGCAUUACUCAACUACAAGAUGAAAUACAGCAGCUCCUCUUGAUCAUGUCCAGUAGCAUCAGUUACCUUACUCUACGGUCCAAUUUCCUUCAAGUGUCACCAGAUAUCCCAAUCACGAAGCAGAGAGCUGCAGACAAGUACGAUCCUCCCGAGGUCUUCGAAGCGAAUAAACAGGAACUCGUGGCCGAUUUGAUCGUUAAAGCAAAACAAGUGGAAUUUCUCAUCAAUUCAUUACCAGAACCCAAGCCCGAAGAAGAACAGGCAAAGCGGUUACAGGCUCUCGAAACGGAAAUGCAAGAAGCAAAUGCGGAAUAUAUUCGUGCUGUGAACCGUACUAAGUCCCUUCGUACCCAAGUAUCUGAAUUGCUGCGUCUCAUGCUUGAGGAAGUCGAAACUGGUCUUGUCGAUGGUGCCCCCGAUUGAAGACAGGGACAAUUAGUAAGAGUAAGAGUAGUUGCCUUUUUGGGCGGAUGGUGCUAGCGAUUUCGAUUUCUUGCGCCUUACACGACGAUGGAAAGAAGUUGGGUUGAUAUUCGAUUAUCGAUGUCGUUUUGCGAUGGAUCUCGUAGUGCAAUCUUAGUGAGCCUGUUCUACUGUAGCCAGAAGGCAUUUCCAGAUGCAAGUCGC